AAUAAUCUAUAAGCGAUUAACGUCCGCUGUACGCGUCCAAGCGUCUUCCUAAAUCUUUUACAUUAUUUUGCUUUACCAAAAUGUUAUUGAUACUCAGUUUUUCUAGCAUARUUGGUAAAAUAUGAAUUGUAUUUUUCGUUAGAAAAAUAUCGCGGUUUUAAUCGAAACUUAAUUUUUUGAUGUUUAUUAUUUAAUUUGUAAAUAUUACAUUAAAUUAAUCAGCUGUUCUUUAACGUUUUUGUCGAGGACCAUCGGUCACACUUGUGCUUUGAUAAAACUUUCAUUAUACAAAUAUACAAUUUGUAAUUUGUAUACACAAUAUUUUGUUGGCUAAUAGGUUAAAAACUUGGAGAUUCCCGAUAUAUUUUAUAAUUGGUUAGCUCACAAAAACAUGACUGAACAAGUAGAAGUUAAAGAAAACCUAUUAACAAAUGAUCAUGAUACACCAGAAAGAGUGGUUAAGCCUUCUUCAUCAAUACCAAGAUAUCAACAAAAAUCAGACAGCCAGACAAGCAGUCCAAUGUUCUUACGCCCGUCAUUAUUGCCAUCUUCAUCAUCAUUUUCUUUUGAGAUAGGUCAAAGAAAACCGGAUACUCCAAGACCUACUUCUAAGUCUUUCUGUUUAAAUCCAUCUAGAUUAAGUUUAAGCACAUCCACAUCCACUUCAAAAUCUUCAAGUUCUUCCAAUCAAAAAGAUACAGAAACAGAAGAAACACAGACUAAAAAAGAGGUGCCUAUUCCAUCACCGCCAGCUGUGUUUGGUGCUGUUAUUACCAAAAGUCGCACACAAAAACCUGAUGAAAUUUCAUUAGCUAGUGGUUUUAUAUUUGGUCAAAAUCUUCAUGAACGUGUAGAAUUAAAUAAAGAAGCUGAUUCAACUUCCGAAGAUGAUAAAAAACCUAACGAUACUCAAGAAGCUGAAGUUUCAUCAUCUUCAAAUGUUAUUUCCCCUUCAUUUGGCAAUCUUAAAAAUGAAGAACCUGAAGAAAAUGGCAGACUAGAUGAAACUGUAGAAGAAUCUAAAAGAAGGUUAGUGGAAGCUGCUAAAGAAUACGAAGAAUCACGUGCAACUAAACGAAAAUAUGAUGAAGUUGAUUGUAUGACUGGAGAAGAAAAUGAUGUCAACGUAUUCCAGCUAAAUAUAUGUAAAUUAUAUGUGUAUGAUAAUGCUAAAUCUAACUGGGUGGAAAAAGGACGUGGACAAUUACGUGUAAAUGAUAUGGACGGAGGGCAGUCAUCAAGAGUAGUUAUGCGAAACAAUGGAAACCUUAAAGUUAUUUUGAAUACUAAAAUCUGGGCGGACAUGAAAGUUGAAAAAGUUACUGAAAAAAGUGUUAGGCUCACUGCAUUUGAAGAAGAUUCAAUUAAAGUAUUUCUUAUUCUUGGACCUGCAAAAAGUAUUGAUGAAUUUAUACAUGUAUUAUUGACGCGUGUAGAAAGACAUAAAGAAGCAGAUAGAAAAAGAGAUGCAACUACUAGUAAAGAUGAUGAUUCAUUAGAGGGUACACUUGUUUAAUAUGCUGAUAAUAUUUUUUAUCAUAAAUGUCAAUAUAAAUUAUAUUUAUGGUGAAAAAUAUUGUAUUUCAGUUUUUUCCACAAAAUAUAAUGUGUUGUAUUUAUAAAAUUAUAUUUAAGAAUAAUUCAUUUAUAAGCAAUCAUCAAUUUCUCGUAUACCAGAAAAAAAAUACACUAAAAACAUUGUUAAUGACUUAAA